ACGAGCUGCUCUGCUUUGGUGUGCUGUGGCCAGCAAAUCCGGGCUCUGCGCGGCUAAAUAACAUACUUUAACAUCGGAAUAUUGCACUACCAGAGCCAACCUCACUUCUAAUCAGUCGGUAUCAGCUUAGUUUAAUGUGUUGCCGUGAAGCCUUAACUAUCUCUCUUUCCCUCUCAGACCAAAGAAAAAAGAGAGAGCCAAGACACUGUCACCCCGUCCGACAUCAUCAACAAACAAAAAGCCCACAAAGAGACGAAGCAGCCAGCAAAGCAGCCAGCCAGCCACCAUCUUAACAGGCUGCUGAAAGAGACACACACUGAGAGAAAAGAGGCUAAUGCUUAUUUUGAUCAACAGGUUCUAAAGGUGAUUGUGGACUCUGACAACCGUGACUGAGGGCUUAAACCAGAUCCAUAAGAAAAAGAAAGAAAAAAAAAACCGGGCAGAUAAAAAGGCAACCUGCACAGUUCUCCCUAAACGGAUCUACUCGAUAACUCAAAGCUGCGUUGCCCAGCUGUUAAGCAUAAGAGGAGCCACAGCCCCGCAGCAAAGGUAGCCGUUGCUACGUGGAGUGUAAGACCUUCUUAAACAAAAGUCAAAGAAGUUGAAACUUUUUUGCUCUGAUGUUGACGGACCUGUGUGGAGUUGGGUGGACCUAAUAGAGAAAUGGAGGGUUAUUAGUUUGGGCCUGCCGUCUGGUUUCUGCUUCUUAUUACCGUGUGGAGUACAGAGGGCCAGUAGGCGGACUGUUUGCUGCUGCUGGACGGACCGGCACGGCGCUGGGUCUAAACGAGCCGCUUCCACAGAGCUGAUGCCAAGGCCAGGAGUCAGCCAUGAUGUUUUUAUAACCUGAUGAUCAGCAGAGAGAUGGUGAGGAAGAAGAAUCCCCCUAUCCGGAGUGUGGGAGGUGAGGAGGAGGAGGAGGAAGAAGAGGGGAGGAGGCCAGCAGGAGAAGAGGAAGAGGAAGGAGAGGAGGAGGGGAGAGUAGGAGCGGAGGCCGAACGAAUAAACCGACCCUCCGAACCAGAAUCCUCCGACCGGAUCAGAGGAGAUGAGGAGCAGGAAGAGGAAGAGGGAGAGAGCGAGUGCGUGUCCUCGUCUGUCUCUCCUUCAUCCGUUGGCGAGCGCUACAGCAAUGAGGAGAGAGGAGGGAGUAGGAGAAGAGGAGGGGGGAGAGCCAGACAGGUGGGAGCGGCGUUGACUGACAGACCCGAGAGCCAGUCGGAGGCUGAGGAUGGGGAGAAGGGGGUAGAGGAAGGGGAGAGGAGCGACAGAGACAGAGGGGAGGCAGAUCAUCUCUCUGCUCCCCACCUCCUCCCCAGACAGGAAGGAGGGGAGGAGUCGACAACCGACACCCCUCCACUUUCCUCCAGCCCCUCUCCAAAACUCCAGGACUUCAAGUGCAACGUGUGCGGUUACGGUUACUAUGGCAACGACCCCGCUGACCUGGUGAAGCACUUUAGGAAGUAUCACCUGGGUCUGCACAACCGCACACGGCAGGAUGCUGCCCUCGACACACACAUCCUGGCCCUCCACAACAUGGCCCCCCAACACACACCUCUAGAUAUACAGGCAGGACAGGGCCAGAGGAUCCAAGCCAAAGAGUUGGGGAAGACGAGACCAGAUAUUCACAUUCAACCGCACAGGGCCGUCAUGAUGAAUGGCACAUAUGACGUACAGGUGACGCUAGGUGGCACGCUAAUUGGGAUUGGCCGAAAGACCUCUGACUGCCAGGGGAACACAAAGUACUUUCGCUGCAAGUUCUGCAACUUCACCUACAUGGGCAGCAAUUCCUUAGAACUUGAACAACACUUUGUGUCCUCGCAUCCAAACAAAGUUAAAACCCCGCCAAGCACGCCCCUGCUGGCCUCCAAUAACCUGGCAUCACACGACAACCAGGGGAAGGGGAAGAGUCAAAUCUUGGACGGAGCAGAGCGAGUGGCAGUGAGAACGGAAGACGAUUCCUUGGCUGGGUACUACAUCCCGGUCAGGGCGUGUUCAGAGUCGUCAAGCUGGACAGGGGAGCCGGGUCACGAUGCUUUGCAGACGUAUUAUUGGUGUAAAUUCUGUAGCUGGAGUUGUGAGUGGUCAGGAGGCUCGGAGAAGUUGUUAGAGCACUAUGAACAAAGACACAGAAUGAGCACGGGAGGGACGAUGAGCCCCAGCAACUCUAACCCUGGGGGGAUGGAGCGAGAGAGGGACAGAGGAGGGAGAAGGGAAGGAGGAGAGAGAGGCCAUGUGUCCUCCAAAAGCCGCAAAGAUCUAUCAUCCAACCCUUCCGGCACGAGCCAAGGAGACCCAAACAGCAGUGAUUCAGAGGCAGUCGUGACCAGUUAUAACUGUCAGUUGUGUGAUUUCCGGUACUCGAUGGCCCACAGUGCUGAUGUGAUCGUAGUAGCACCGUUACUACUGCACUACCAGCACAAUCACUCCAUCCACCGCUGCUGCAUUCAGCACUGCAUGUAUUGUCCACAGGGCCUCUGCCAGCCGCAGAAGCACCUAGGGGAGGUGUCUCACCCAUUUGCCUGUCGGAAGCCAAACUGCCCUAAAUGCUGUACGAAGUUCCCUGCGUCCACCAAGCAGCAAGACAGCAUGGGAUCGAAACCAGCCACCUCCACCUCACCCAGCAUGACCCCUCCUUAUCCUCGAGGUGACUCUGGUGUGAUUUCAGGAUCAACUUCUCACCCGUCAAACCCUUCCCAUCCUGUCGUUACACAAGGUGUCACCCACUUGUGCGACCAGUGUGCAUUUGCCACCACCGACAUCGACGUGCUGCUCCAGCACUACGAAAGCUGCCAUUCCCUGAUCAACCUGAAGGGGGCAUCCCCACAUGUCAAGGCUGAAGAAGAGCUCGGGGCCGAAAAGGAAGGGGCGAGAGGGGAAGAGAAGGAGUACUCUUGUACAAAGUGUCACUUCAUCACAGAAGUGGAAGAAGAGAUUUUCAGACACUACAGGCGUGUCCACGCGUGUUGCCGUUGUCGACGCUGUGAUUUCACGGCUCCUGAUUCGGCAGCCCUCCUCGACCAUUUUAACUCGGCCCACUGCCAUGACUCCUCUCCUUCGUCAUUGACUUCCUUACCCACCUCACUCACGCCUUCGUUAACACUCCUAGCCAAUGGCUGCUCAGCUCCCUCUACCUUAGCCAUUAAAGAGGAAAGCAAGGGGGAUCUUCGCCUCCUUUACUCCCUUGCACCACCUGAGGGACGAUUGGCCGAAGGAGGCCGAGACGAGGCAGGAGGGGUGGUAAAAAGUGAGGGAGGUGAGGAGAAAGACAGAGAGCGAGAGAAAGGCUGGGUGCUCGGGGAGACGAGAGGACUGGGAGAAAGAGGAGGUGAGCAGGCCCACGGUUUACUCUGGGUGCCUAAGGAGCGAAUGGGACCUGACAGAGGAGCAGGAGGUGGGAGCCCCUCUAUUUUCUCCUCCCCCCACUCACUGCCGUUUGUUUCUGCCAAUCAUGAAGCGUCGCAGCAGAAAAGAGGCGUGACUUCGCCCAGCAUGGUUUACCUGGGAGACACCAAGUCAUUUUUGGGAGAUAACAAGUCACUUUUGGGAGAUGCCAGGCUGUAUGGAGGAGGAAGGCCAGGAGGAGCCACUGCAGGUGGGGGUGGAGGGGAGAAACAGAGCCGGAUGCAUCCACAGUUCACAGGGGGAGGAGGAGGAGGGAGUGGAGGUGGAGGAGGACAGGAGAAGGGAGGAGCCGCUAAAGAGGAGUCCCAAUCCCUUCUACGGCGACGCAGAGGCAGUGGAGUCUUCUGUGCAAACUGUCUGACUACCAAGACGUCAUUGUGGAGGAAGAACUCCAAUGGAGGCUACGUCUGCAACGCAUGUGGUUUAUACCAAAAACUUCAUUCGACACCAAGACCUCUGAACAUCAUAAAGCAGAACAACGGUGAACAAAUAAUCCGUCGCCGUACAAGGAAACGCAUCAACCCUGAUUCACUGUCAUCUGAGACCCCCGCCCCGAAACAACAGCGCAUCACCAGCGAGGAACGUGUCAAUGGGGAGGAGUCAGACAAAUGUUUUUCAUCCAUCAAAAACCAGCAGCCUUCCCCUCGCUCGCGCUCACCCCGAUCCACUCAAGCCUUCCUAGCCAAUCAAACAUUGGAGAUCCACCGACGAAUGCCUCCUCUGCUCCUUCCUUCACAUACCCCCUCCUCAUUGGUAGCUGAGGGCAACGGAGGCCUCACAGAGGGAGGGAUAAUGACAAAAGUAGAGGGAGGUAAAGGAGGAGGUGGAUCAGAAAGAGGAAGUCCAAUUGAAAAGUACAUGCGUCCAUCCAAACCGUCUAGUUAUUCGCCUCCUGGUUCACCCAUUGAAAAGUAUCAGUACCCUCUUUUCUCUUUACCCCUGCCUUUAACCCUCUCACCUGAUCUGACGCCUGAAUCGGAUUGGCUCAGAUUUUGGACCAAGUAUAAGAUGGCAGCCGCCUCUGGGGUUCCCGGUACCAUCAGUAAUCUCAGCAGUCCUGGUAGCGUUGGGAACAACUCUCUUUACCUUGGUGCAAUGGUGGCUCCAGUACAGCAUCAUCAGCAAAGCUACACAGUGCCUUACUGUGCCUCUCCCUACUCUCCUCUUCCCCCUCCUCCAGCUCCUCCUCACUAUCCUCCUCCUCCUCCCCUUCAUUCCCAAACCUCAUCGCCAUCAUUAGAAAAUGACGCUCCUUUGGAUCUUGCAAUAAGACAAAGAGAUACCGGUGCUGGGAAUUCAUACGUGUCAACAAACGGUGCAGAGAGGAGAAGGCAAGAGUCGCCACUGGCUGAGAGGUCAAGAGAGAAUUGGAAAGCAGAGAAAGAGGAGGAGGAGAGGAUGGAUGAAGGCGGGAACCAGAGGGAGGAGAUAGAAAAGGAAGAAAGGGAUCCUCUAUCAAAAAGUCGGUCAACUGCCCCAUCGAAUCGCGUAAUGGUGGAAGUGUCCACGCAGGAUGACCUGACCAAUCGAUGCGUCCACUGCGGGAUCUACUUCCUUGACGAGGUCAUGUAUGCACUGCACAUGAGUUGCCACGGCGACCAGGGACCAUACCAAUGCAGCUUUUGCCUUCACUUGUGUGUUGAUCGCUACGAUUUCACCACACACAUACAGAGGGGCCUACACAGGUACACAGACAAAACGUCACAAAAGAGGGGUCACACGCAAGAGGACCACAAUCAGAACGUCACAGUGACGCCGGAGCACGGGUGUCGAAAUGUGACACCAGAGGAAAAAGAUGAAACCGCUCACAGUGAGAGCGCAGACGAAAGCAAUGAUGUCAUAGAAGAUGGUCACGACAACCAAGCAAAAGAAAAGACAGGCACUGAUGCCACUGACAAUGAAACGGAAGCUGAAAUGGAAGUAAGAGAAGAGGGUCAGCAGUCAGACGUAACAAACCAGGAGUUGGGAGAUGAAGUGGUGUCGGAUAGUAAUGAUGACACCACAAAACCCACAGAGGUCAUGACUGUUACCGAAUCUGAAAACGUAGAUGAGAACACAGAGAGUAAUUAAUCCGAUGCCUUUGACUCAAACACACCUUUAAAGAACGCUUUUUAUUGAAUGAAUAAGCUGUCUGCCUCCACGUUCCUGGAGGCUUGCUCAUGUCAAAAUGGGCCUUUCCUGGGCACUAAAUGGAACACAUCCUUAUGCUGGAAGCACUCGGCUGUCAAAUGGCCAAAAUCAUCGUAGGAUCCCGCUGAACUGCUGCAGGGACAGUUUGGAGAAAUAGCCUGAAUCUUGUGUUGAGUGACGGCCAGUUGACAGCUCUGUGGCAAGUAUUCAAUGACGGAGUCCGGGCAUGCAGCUGAAAUCACCUUUAAUAAACAGCCACUUCAUGUGCUUUCCAAAUAAGAGGAUUGGAAGCUCAACAGAAAGUUAGACUGGUCUCAUUUAGGAUGAGUUUGAGGAGCUCAGCACUUGCACAGCCACGACACAGCAGAGCAAAAAAAAAAAAAUGCUAGAAGCAAAACACUUUAACUGGACUGUUAUGCACCGGGUGGAACUGAACCCCGCUGGUCCUAACUAGUCUGAUGCAUCAUUCAGAUCGUUUUAUCUAGGUACUACCAGAUGUUAUCUGGUCAGAAGUAUUUUGGUCUGAUCCAAAGCAUGUUUUUGACUGUCACACCGCUGUGCUAAUGGAUCCACACCAAAACUUAUCUGGACUCCUUGAACUGGUGGAGUUAACCCAGUUGGUUCUGGGCUGCAGUUUGGUUACCUUGGUCAAGAAAAAGGAUCAGUUGGCUUUUUUAGCUCCUGUCCUUUUGUUUCUGAAACUGGCAAAGAGAAAAAACAACUGGCAAAAUUGCCAGCGCUGCAAAAAACUGCCCUAACUGGGAGACUGGUUUGGUUUUAUUUGACUUUUUGAACUGCUUGAAACCAGUUUGAACUGGUAAGACUGGAGUAAUUCCAGACCGAAGUGUUCUCUUGAUCCAUUUUGAUCAAACCAAGUGACAUUAUUUUCUACCUUCCUCCGUGCCAUGAUACUAGCUACGUGCCUGGCUGCCUGCCUAAUAGAACAACCAUCUAUUAACCUGCUUAACAUUUAUAUUAAUAAUGGUAAUAAUAAUAAUUAUGAUGUUAUAGUACAAAACAUGCAAUUUGCUACACUUUCCUAUAUGAAAUGUUAUUUUGUAAAGGCAAAUAAUGCUUUUUUGCAGGAAAUGGUACUAUCAGAAUUAGUGUAUUUGAGUCUUUUUUUUCUUUUUGAGUUAUUUGUUGUUUAUCUUCUUGGGGAGACUUGUUACAUGGAUAACAGCCGUCUCACAGAAAUGGUACAGCAAGAGAGGGGGUUGUGUGUAUGUGUGCAUUUGUGUAAUUGUGUGUAAGGAUCAAAGGAUGCUUCCGUCCCCAAAUGAUGAUGUAAACAUAAUGAAGGCUUGCGCUCCGUAUUUCAGUCCUCAGGGGUCACACGUGUUGCACACCAACCCACCUGUCUCGUAGCAUGUGACACAUCAUUUUUAAAAGGUCUAAUGGUUUUGGCAUGUUACAUUACGUUGUCUUAUAUGUAUUCUUAUCAUGUUCUUUGUGUGUUAAUAGGUCAAAAUGGUCUUACUAUGUAACUGUUUUUCUGUUUGUCUAUCAUAUGUUGUUAGGUAUGGUUUUAUAGAGAGACCUUAGGAGAUUAGGGAGAUCGACCCUAAACGUUAUCAUAAGGAUUAAUUAUAUGGGUCAACUGUAUAAACUUCUGCUCUGUAUUGAGUUUACAGAGCGUAUUGCCUACAGUGUUUUAUUCAGCCUAUGUCAUAUUUCUGAGAGUAUGGUAGGUUGCCUCUAUGUAGCAUGUUAGCGUCUUAUAAAAUCUGCAAAAUACGUUGCAUUUUCUAUGGAUGGGAACUGUUUCACCUUAUACCUAAAUAAUACUGAAAAUGAAUUACCAUAACCAUGUUGCUUCAAACUCCAGCUUACUACUUCCACUUUUCUGUCAUUCAUUACCCACAUUUUGGUUCUAAAUCAGUCUUAUAAGUUAAAGGAAAGACCCGUCUAAAACCAAAUGUUCGUCACAAAACUAAUACAUUGAGAAUAGUGACAUGCAGGUCAUUAGGAAUCCCCCUAUUCUUCAGAAAUGAGAAACACAGUGGCCAUCUUUUUUAUAAGACCAGAAUCACUUCCCCUGCCUUGCUGCCUUAGUUGCUAGAAUACAAAACUAAAAAUCACCAAGGGACUCCUUUGGAAGUAAUAAAAGCCUAAAGUCAAUAAAAGCAUGAGAGAAGAAAGAAUGAGAAUAACAUAUUUUUCUAUGCUUAUCCAAAAGACAUGGAUAAAGAUAUUCUCACUAGUGCCUGGUAACUUGUACAGUUUUUUUUAAAAAGCCUCUGUCUGUGUCGAAAAGCUAUGUAAGUCAUGUUAGGCAGGAGUUGGGCAAACACACUUCUAUAUUUAUUUCCUGUGCACCAAGUUAAAUGUCAUCCAUUAUAAUGCUUGUGUCUGAUAGGUCAGAUACCUGUUCCCUCUUUGCCUUUUCAGCCAAUGAGAACUACCUACAUGUGCUUUAACAGAAUGAAUUUGGUUGCUAUGCUGACUCUUAAUCAUUAAUUAACCAUCUUUGCAGAAAGAUAAAGACAUUUGCCUUGAUAACAUUUGUACAGAGACGUAAUGACACGAAGAUGUUCUGUGGUGUGUGGGAUUUGUUUGGAUUGGUAGCCACAUUGUGUAGAAUCCCCCGAGUGUCCAUAUCAUGGUUAAGAUUAAACACAUCCAUAGGUGUUGUUAUUCUACAGAGGAGAUCAUUAUUUAGAUCAAUCAUCUUUGUUAAACCAGCAGUACGAUUAUAUUUCUUACAUUUUAAGACACCAAUGCCUUCAGAAAACCUGAAACGAGCACUGUACACAGGACUGGCAGUCAAACUAAAAUUAAAAUACUUUUUCUGCUGCAGUUUCAAUGCAAAGCAAUCCGUUUAACCAUUAAAGAUGCUACACACAAGAGUUUGCACACUUUCACGAUGAAACGCUCCACUUUCUAUAUCACACUGAUGGAACAACUUCAAAAGCGUAAUGUGUUUUUUUAAGCUAUUGGUGUCUCUUAAAGGAAACUGUUUACAUUUGCAAAUGUAGCAAAACAUAAAUCAAAAGCAAUCAAGCAGUGUUUUCUUAAAAGAAACAGAACAAAAGGAAGGAUUGAAAGAUGCUAAGAUGGAUAAAUGGGUGCCUUUGAAGUAUAUAUUGAUGCAUAUAGGCAGAAUGGGAUCAAAUGACGCUUGUAGUGGUUGAUAUAGUUUAAUGUAUGCAUUCAUUUUCUCAUCUGUUGUCGCUUUUGCUCCAUCAACUGCAUCUUUCUCAUCUUUUGUUUUAUUUGACAAGCAUCUCUGUCUUUCUUCUCAUCCCUGUACCUAUUCCUCCACUCUCCUGCAGCCUUUCUUUUAUUAGGUGCUUAUAAACAUGUUCUCAACUGGUAGAAAGGUCAAGGGGAGUUCAAUUAAUGUGUUAUACCGUGUUGUGCCCCGACAUCAGCUCAGUUACCCCAAAACUGACAAGGUUUCUGCUCAUGUUGUUAAGGUUGCAUUUCCCUGCUACUUGAGUAGCCCUUAAAGAAAUUGUCACCAGCAGUAAAUCACCAGAUACUUGCUUGAAGCAAAGUGUGUUAUUUCUCGGAUUUAGUUUCAUUCAUUUACCAAAGGGACUCAUAUUGACACACAUUUUCAUCUAUUAAAUUAUUGAAAGUCCUUUGGUUGUGAUUUUCAUGGGAUUUCUAGGAAACAGAAGAACACAGACGAAAAAAAGAAACUGGAUGAACUAGUUUUCUUGUGUUUUAACACAACUAUUUCCUAGUAGGCUGGAGACAAAUUAAAAUGCCAAAAUAUUUCAAUAGUUUAUUAACUUUGGAAAAGAAAAUAGUUUCCCAGAACUUAGUGAGUUGGAAGUAAAAAUAAAAUAGCUGAUAAUAAAAACGUCUUGCACAAUUUCCAUAGUGUAUAUGCUCUGUGAAACUGUUUCCUAUCCAAAUAUGUUUUUAUGUACUUGCCAGAUUAACAUUAAUGUCUCUCAUGAGUCAUGUAAGGAUACUGUAUAUCUAAUACUCAAAAAGAUAUUAAUAGGAAUAUUGGGAGAACAUUUUAGCUGUCAUUUGUGGUUUAAAAUAGGCAAGACAUUUGAAAUGAAUUGGACCAUCAGGUCACACAUGGCAUGUUUUAUUUCAAAAACGAGUGUCUGUUUUAGGUUUGAUGGCAUUUUACAUCAGCGUUUACAUUGUUAAAAACAAGUGUUUUCAUUUUUGUCUAUGUCAGAAUGUGUUAUAGGAAUUUUGCUGUUGCUUGCACUCCAUUUAUUAUGUUCUUAUUGCCAAGGAAGGGACAACACACACACACACACACACACACACACACACACACACACACACACACACACACACACACACACACCAGCACUGGUACGAAUUGAGUGUACAUUAUUAACCAUGGGAGACAAGGGAGCUAAAGGCCAGUUUGUUAUUGGUCAGACACACACACACACAAACACACACAUGCAUGGACACACACACACACACACAUCAACUAUGUGCAUUUAACCAAUAUAUUUUAGUAAAAUUGUGUCUAUUCAGUUUGCUUUCAUAGAUUUUUUUUCUUUUUUUUUUAGGUUAUUUACUUUCUCAUGUUGUAUUUUUUUCUGCUACCUUUCUGUACGUUACUGUUUUUAGGUUUCAUUUCAUGCAAAAAGUAUAUUUCAACAUAUUUGACAGCCAAGAAAAAGUUUGUUACACAGCUAAACUUGAAGAAUAAUGUUGUUGAUGAUGACGAUGAUAAUAAUUAAUAAAAGUAAUAACAAACAAACUGAAAA